CGAUAUCAAUAUAAUUAUUGCAUUAUUUCAGAUAAUAUUAGUGAUUUUCACCCAGAUAUGAGUAUCAUGUUGGGAAAUAAAUCCCUGCCGAACGGCGUUGAUCCAGCUCGAGAAUAUGAAUUCAGCGACAGUGAGGAUAUUCGAGACAAACGGACAACUGCACAACAAGAAUCAGAUGAAGAUACUGAGGAUGCUAGUGAAACAGAUGCUGCUAAACUUGAAGAGGAGUACACGGAGAUGAAAGAAAUGAUUUACAAAGAGAAAUUGGCAACAUUGAAGAAACAACUUCAGCAAGUGAUGGAUGGAACGCACCCCGAACUCAACAAAAAACUCAAGAAGAUGGAGCAACAAUUCAAAGAGCGUUUACGCAUGGCAGAGAUUGCUAAGCAAGUGGAGAUGGAGCUUGUGGAAAGAGAAUAUCUAAAGGAUCAGAAAAAUGCUGGCAAGGACUUUGAGUUAAAGAAAGUUGAUCUCAUGGAGACUCUGUUACUAGAUCUUGAUGAUAGGAGGAGGAUGAUCGAGAUUGAACAUCAGUCAAUGGAGCUAACAGGAGAUUCGAUGGAGAUUAAACCAGUUAUCACAAGGAAACUACGGCGGAGACCAAACGACCCUAUUCCACUACCAGAAAAGAGAAGGAAGCCUACUCCUGGUCAGUUCUGCUAUACUUUAAACGACGAUGAGAUUGCAGCUGAUCUCAAGGCCCUUACUAAGACCAAGAGUGGGACCACCAAGAAAUCAGGGUCCAUGCGGAAAUCAGCAGAGAAGUCAUCACCAUGGAAGCCUAAAUCCUCGUGGAAACCGAAGACUAGCAUGAAAUCUCACUCCAACCAUGGCCAUCACAACCACGGCAGCAGCAGUGGAGCAGCAAGCAACAUAACCGGUAGCACAACCACCGGCAGCACUACCACUGCCACUGGCAGCACCAACACUACCACAACUUCUAGUGGUAGCCACUCUGCAGGGAGCAACAGCAACCACAAGUACAAUGUCCGGAUCGAGGAUGGGAAACUGUUCUAUGAGAAGCGGUGGUUCCACAGGGGCCAGAAUGUCUAUGUGGAGUCAAAGGAUAUGGGCAAAGUCAGCGCAAUUGUUACCUCCAUCGGCCAGAUUGAGAUAUGGGUGAAGAAGACCCUUGACAAUCAGAAGAUGAGGAUCUAUGUCACUCAGAUGCAGAAAGGAAAAUAUAAGAUCAGGAAACGUUCUACAUAACCAUUUUUUUGAUACUGUGUGAAUGAUGUACUAUAGUGUAAAUAUCAGUGUGGUUUAUAUCUAAGGGUCUGUCCUUACUGCCUCUAUACUGGGAAUUGAACACAAAAUAUUGUUCACUCAACCAGAAUGGUGCUAAAGUUGAGAUGCUGUUUAACAAAAUCCUAAAUUUUCUGGGGGGGGGGGCAAUGGAAAUUCUGCCUGACUGCAAAUUGCUUUUGAGAAACACCCCCAAAGGACCAAUAAAGAUUUGACUAAAAUGAAAAAAAAUAUAUUCGAGUUAUGAAUUUUUUAUUAUGUUAGAAACAUGUGGCCAGCUACCAAUAUACCAUGCAAUAUUGCUUCCAGAAAUUCCCAUCCUUUAAUGAUUCAUGACAAUAGUUUUCUCCUAGAAGCAUGUCAGAAAUAGUAGGUCUGAUAUAUGAAUUUACAGAUGAAAUCAUUUUCAAUAAUGGAUUUAUGUAAUAUGACAUGUGGAAAAGCAGUUCGCAUGAUUUUUGUGACAUGUCACCGAAAAAAACCCCCGUUUUUAAAAAAUUUCGCAGCUCUGUUAAUCUUUGAUAGAUUUUCUGCUUUGAUCAGACCCAACUUGUUUCCAGGAUGAACCUUCAUUUUCACAAAAAUAAGAGUUGUUGAAAUGUUCUUUCAGUGCUCCUAUUCAGUUUUGAACUCGGAUGAAAUGUAAUUGAUAUAAGUGAAAGCUCUUUCAUCAUGUAUGACAAGGAUGUUUUGUAGUAUAAUAUUUAUUUUGAGGUCUACUUUCAGAAUCAUUGAAAGAGACAAUGGAAAUGGCUGUAUUUUUACAUUAAUGGUAUAAUUUGGCAGAAUAACAAUGACUUCCAAUUCUGGUUUGAUGUUUAAUUCAUUGAAACCUGUCUAAAGUUGUGGCAAAGAGAUUCAACAAAGUGAAUUGUAUUAUUGUAGCAUUCAAAUCUUGAAUAUUCUAUGGAUCAGUAAUGUUAUUUUUCAAUCAAUUUUUAUUUUUGUCACUCCUUAUUUUCUUCUCUCCACUUUUUCUUUAUCUCUCAUCACCCCCAUCUCUAUUCCAAUCUUCUAUUUUCCACUCCAUCAGAAUUUCUCUUCCUUGCAUAUUCUGAACAAUGUUAUCAUCAGCAUAUAAAUAAGUGUCACUUUUAUUUGGUAUUUCAUUAUUUAUACAUGGCGUUUGCAACAGUUUCACUGCAGUUGACCAAGAUAUGUUAUUGUGCUGAGAAAUUCUGCCUGAGACAGCAACAACCACAAAUGACAACCAAACAUUUCUUGGGGAAAAAAGGACAAAAAUAAGCAUAAUUUUUACCUUGAAAUGACUUGUGGUUGGGGCUGAUUCAUUCUCUCUUUUUAAAAACUUCACAUUGCAAGGAUUUUAGCUAAAACUUAAUGACUGUUUUCCACAUCUUGUUCAAAUAUAUUUUUUUUACCUUUUGUAAAUAUCAGGUCAUGUUUUACAAGUCAAGUGUAAAGACAUUAAUUCUUUUUUUACUAUUUUCAUGGAUUUUCAUGGGAAUGCCAUAUGAAUUGUUCAUAACAUGUGCAAAACCCAUUGGAAAUGUGUCAAACAACAGUUGCAUGCACAUAAUAUGCAAAUGCGCGGUCAGCCUGUUGUAUCUGCACUGCAUUGACUUUGCGUACAUGAAAGAGCGAUAGGUUUUGCUUGAUUGCGUGCAUUGAAAUUGCUGCCAGGGUUAUUGUAUCCCAAGUGGCAUUUUUGUACAGGGAAAAUCUAAACCGCUCAAAUCAAAAUUACAAUCAUGUAGCUCUUUUGCAAUAUUUUCACUGAUUCUUUGGUGUAAAAAUAAAGAUACCAUCGUGAAGCACUAAUGAAGCAAUUGUCUUAUUCUUUCCAACCAUGUAUUUUUCCAGCAAUGAAAAUGUAAGGCUUGGGAACAAAGUGUGGACUUUGAAGUAGAUUUUCUCUGAAAAUGGUUUGCACUGUUGUAUGUGUGACAUCGGUUCAGAUGACCGUUGACGAAAUGGCCAAGAAUCAUUGUGGAGUAGGUUGAAUAAAUAUAGAUAUCCGUAUUUAUGCCAAUACUUCAGGGUUAUAUCUGCGACAAUGGAUUUUUUCAAGUUUUCUUCUGCACAGCACCAAUAUGAAAAUUUUAGGACAAGUCUCACUUAGUAUUGAGCUAUCUAUAUAGGCCAUGUUCCUGCUCACAAUUUUCACCCUAAAGACUGUAUUCUGAACUCUGGUUUAAUUUAGACCGUGGUCCAACUCUGUGCUAAAAUUAUGGGAAGCCAAACAUGUCAGAAUUUGUUCACAUGGUGUUUCUUAUGUUUACUGUGCUCUUUCAUAAUUUUUUGAUGGUGAAGACAAUUAUCUAUUUAAUCUUCCCAGACAAUUAAUGAUUUGAGAGUCAAAUGAGAUACUAUGAUCCUCUCUGUUAGAAAUGUAUGUCACAAUUGGCUAUCCAUAGUUAAACCACAACUUAGACCAGAGUUUAGAUUAAACCAGAACUUCAGAAAAUGGGCCCAAUAAUCCCGGGGUACAUUGAUUCUUGUCACUUAAGAUCUCUGCCGCUAUCAUGCCAUCAUGGCGAAACUUUGCAUGAUGGUAGACAAUGAUGUUAUCUACAGGAUUUCAUUGGUAAAUUUCACUGAAAUCAUAUUUUAUUUUAAAUGAAUUAUUUUAUUUAUUAAUGAAAUCAUACUUUUGCUAAUAUGUACUAAUAUAAAUAAAGCUCCCCGAUUGUUGAUUUUUGCCUCAAUACUAUUUAUACCAUUCCUAAUGAUUGUAAAUGAAAACAAAUCUGUAAAAAAAUUGAUUUCUUGUGUAAUCAAAAAAAAAUUCUUGAUUGAUCAUUUGAUCAUUUUAGUGAUUUAUUACACUAGAAGUUAUGUGCAAACAACCAUGAAAAGCAAACAGUUCAUAAAGCAUUGUAUUACGAGGCCCAGGUUAUGUAACAAGUAAAACAAACGAGCAAUCUCUUGUUUCAAUAUUUGAGUGUACACUGUCACUUUCAUUAAAAGAAAAUUACACAUCUCACUUUGUGACAACCCCUCUCUUUCAUUAUCUCUGCUAUAUUUCAUGUUUAUCACCUGAAAUGACAACACAAUUUCUCAAUCAAGCUCUCUAUUUCCUUAUGAAAUUCAUCAUAGGUACUCACUACUGUACUUUCAGUUUUGUCUCACACUUAUGUAUAAAAUUAGAAAAUAAUGCAACAUGCUGUUUAAAGAGUUCAUUUUGAUUUCAUUUUAUUGUAAACCCUUUGAGACUUGAAUGUACAUAACAUGAUACAUGUAUUUACAAAUGUAAAUUAUGUACUUGUGAACAAACUUAUGUUCAAUAAAGAUGAAAAC